AUUAAAAUUUUACAAAAUCUUUUUUCUGGUGUGUAUGGUCGUUUAUAUAAUCUAUGUAAACCUAUUCAUUCUCGGUAUCAUAUUGCAAUGACAAAAGUUUUAGGAAAAUAUUGCAAUUCUAUUAUUGUGUCUACAAAUAAAGUAGCAAUACAAUGUAUCAAUUAUUUAAAGGAACAACAGAUAGGAUUUGAAACUUUUUUGCCAGUGGAAAAUUUAAAAGUAGAACCAAUAAAAGAAAUGCUACGUGGAAUUACCGAACCAAAAAAUGUAAAACUUUUAUAUGAUGUACUUAAGUUUGAACUUGUAGAAAUUAAUAAUGCUAUUUUAUUUGUAACUAAAAAUACCAUUGUUUGUGAAACAUCAGAAGAUGCGAGAAUGCUUGCAUAUGAAAUUAAUCCAUAUCAUAGAAUCAAUUGCGUUGCAUUAGAUGGAACUUAUUAUAAAAAAGAUGGUAUAAUUUCUGGAGGAGAAGUUGAACUAUUAAAAAAAGCUCAAAUAUGGAACGAGCAAAAUUUAAUCCAAUUAAAAUCAAAAAAGGUAAUAUUAAUGGAGCAAUUAAGAGAAAAAAAUAAAAUUUCUCAAAGUGAAUCUGAAAUAAAUACUUUAAAUAUACAAAUUAAGAGUUUCACAAGUAGAAUAAACUAUUCCACAUCUGAUUUAAACGAUCAUGAGCAAACAAAAAGAAAAUUGGAAUUAGAAGAGCAAUAUAAUCGUAUUCAAAAUUUAUUGGAUUUUGAGAUAAAUCGAGAUACAGAAAUAAAAACUACCAAUUUAAAAUCUCAACCUUAA